ACAAGAUUUGACGGUUCGCUUGCGUUAGUUGAACCAAUUGUCGCCGCUAAAAUUAUAACCCGUAAUAAUUCCCACACUCUGUGUGCGCGCGCGCGUGUGCGCGAGCACCUCUGGCAACCAAGCCAAGCGAAGGCAAGUAAACUGUAUAAGGUUUCGUUAGGUGGUAAAGGAGAUCCAUCUGACCGCUUUAUAUCUGGUUUCCUGCUCUUUCCCUAUCGCGUUCCUUCAGUUUAGUACCAUGGUGUUUUAGUUUUUACAGGUGCAAACGUACAGCAAACAUGCUGCAAAUCGGUAGAGUAUUUGCGUGAAGUUUUUAACUUCGUACGUUACAGCAGAGUUGGCUCGCGCAGCAGCGGAGAGAGGCGGACGCCUCGCGGAGUCGUGUUACUUUGCGUCUUGCUUUUUAUUGGAGGAAUGGGGUUAGUGAAAUGCCAACUCUCUGGAAACAGAUCGUGUUCUCCUUCGCUUCUAUACUCAGCAUCGGUUCUGUGGUACUUCUGGUUGUGGCACUGUCCACCGAGCGCUGGGUCACCGGAACCACACUGUGUCAGACAGGAGUAGAUCUGGUGAACGCGUCUAAUCCAGAGCUCGAGCAGUUCACGGGACACAUUUACUACGGCCUCUUUCAGGGCGGGAAAACACGGAGAUGUGGGCUCGGCAUCCGCCGCUCCAAAAUAUACAUUUUCCCAAAGCUCAUCAAAAAAAUCAACAGUGGUCUUCACAUGAUCAUUAUCUUCUUUCUUUUCAUUGCUAUUGGCUUUGCAGUGGUCAGUUUAGCUUUCUGUAUAUAUAAUGCCAGAAAAGUUCCUUAUCAAUCUAUCAAAGGACCUUUUGGCCUCUACAUCUGGAAUUUCAUAGCAGCUCUGUUCAGUGCAAUGGGCUUUGCAUGUUUCCUUGCAGCAAUUCAGUGCCAUCGGCUCACGGAACAUGUGGCUAACUACCGUGAGAGCCUUUUUACCCUUGUGAUCCGUGAGGAGAAUCUUGGUUUCUCCUUCUGGUUGUGCGUUGCCAGCACUGUAACACACGGAGCUAACAUUCUUGUAGUAGCCUCCAGUAAAAUACAUCUGCCUAAAAUACAGACUAAGAAACCAGAGGAACCCUCAGCCACUGGAGAAGACUUCCUCUACUAAAGAACAAGAACGAGCUGAAAGGUUUGACUGCAGGGUCAGAGAGAAAACUGUUCAGAUAAGCCAAACAGGAUGUUCAUGUGACCCGAUAUCUACUGAACCUGAGGUGAUUUAUGAGGUGAUAUGAGGUGAUUUAUGACUACGGACCACGGGGUUUCAGCUUAUUUUUUGGCAAAUAAGUAAAAAGAAAAUCACUGACAUGGACAACUGCAGGGCUUUCAAACUGAAAUGUGACAUUGGUUAUGUAUUUUACCACCAACAAGUUAAAUAUGAAUGUUAUCUCACUUUUUAUUUUAGAACUACUGAGAAAUAUGUUAUAAUGCAUUACCAUGUGAAGAUAUAACUCAUUUACGAGUCAAUAAGCUUCACAUUUAAAAUGUUCCCUUUUUGGCAAUGACAAACAUGCUAAACACUCAAUAUCACAACAGGUCACCCAUAGGUGAGAUCCCAAAUUAAACACUGAAAACCUAAAUAGAAAUGUUUCUGAGCACUUAUUUGAUACCUUUGUCUUUUAAUUAAUAAACAAUGGAAUUAUUCACCAACUUAUGUACAUAAAUGAUUUGUUUUCUGUUCAAACUGC